UAACUAACCUCACUCAACAACAACAACAACAAACAACAAAGAAAGAGGCAAUCCGAGCAUCAUACGAUCGCGAUGUGAAUGCAAUUACAUCACCUUCCCGCCAUAACCGAGUUGCAAUUAAACCGAACUCUAAUUACCGGAAGUGCUGACCCGUUCACCAUCAGCAUGCUGAUGCAGAACGACAUCAAUCACGCCCUGCACGCCUACCAGCUCCAGCUGGCCGCCUCCAAGGAGCCCCCCGAAGAGCGCCGCGACGCCGAUGACGACGUCGACGUGCCCGACGCCGCCCUGCUACCCGCUCGGGCGCCAGCCGACGCCAAGGGCGCCGUGCCCAGCAUCGAGACGCUCAACAGCGAGAUGCCCAAGAAGGAGCUGCAGAAGGACAGGGGCCGCAAGGCGUUCAAGAUCUUCUUGAACCGGCUGCGAUUGAAGCGCUACGGAUGCGCUACCAUCACCAAGCCGGAUCCCACGUUUAAGGUGGCUUAUUUGGGCAACGUCGUCACCGGAUGGGCCAAGGGCGAAGGUUGCUUCGAAAAACCGCUGACGACCCUCUGGCGCAACUACACGCAAUCGUCGAGGCCGGACGUGCGCAUGCAGCUGACGGUGAGCGGGGGCGGACUGCGCGCCACCACCAAGGACCACGGCCUCACCGAGUACUGGGCCAACAGGCUGACGGCGUGCGCGGCGCCCUCGCAGUUCCCGCGCCUCUUCUGCUGGGUGUACCGGCACGAGGGCAAGCGGCUGCGGCACGAGCUGCGCUGCCACGCCGUCCUCUGUCCCUCGUCGACCGUCGCCAAGCAGCUGGAGGACGAGCUGAAGCAGAGCCUGGCGCUGGCGCUGCUCGAGUUCAAGCGCGAGAAGCUCAGCAAGCAGAACGCCCGCCUGUCGCUGGUCAAUUCGGUGUACGAGAACCCGUCGUUGCCGCGGCGGAAGAUCAUGCUGAGCACCGGCUCGCACAACUACCGGCCGCCGCUCGAGCGGUCCAAAUCGGCGCCGAAGCUGAUGAGCAUCGAGGAGAUCCUGGAGGAGCCGGAGGAGGAGGGCGAGCGGGAGUCUAAAGAGAGCAUUCGGAAACUCUUGAAGCAUUGUGAUAGCACCGGGGCGUUGUUAGACAGAAGGAAACUGAACUUGGUGAAUAAAUUCAAAAGUAACGUACCUGCUAAGUCGUCUUCGUUACGCGAGGAGCCUCUGAAAGAAGAAGACGACGAUCAUAUACUAGACGAAAAAAGCGAAACUCUAUUGAACGAACUAGUGGAAAACUCCUUCAAAAACGACUUAUUGGAAUCCUGCGAGAAGGCUUGGUACACGGCUCUCAGCCAGAAACCCGACCUGAUACCAUUAGAAUGCGACGAAGGCUCGUUAUCCAGCGGCUGCGAAUCGGCCAGCACGGUCACCUCGGAUAACGAGCACGCCGACCCGACCCAAUCUCCCGCCGUCGGCGAGCUGGACAACAUCGAGGAGGAAAAGAAGACUGAACUAGACUUUAAGGUCGGCGGGGCGGUGCUGUCGCGAGUGCGCAGCUUCGAGAGGCUCUCCAAUCCCGACAUACUCAAGUACUGCGGCAUCAACGGCAAGAAGCAGCUGCCGGACCACGACGAGGUGUCGCUGAUACCGGUGGGCGAGAGCCACCAGGCCGAUUUCAGCUCGCUGAAGGUGUUCAAGAAGCGGGCGCUCAGCGAGCCCGGCUCGAGGCACUCGCUCGAGAGCGCGGGCUCCGACGACGAGAACGACAGCGCUUGCAGCGACGAAAGCGGCUACGAGGAGGAGGAAUUGGCGAGUUCCGUGGGAAAUAUCAUUCUGGUAUAAAUAGCUGAAGCGAUUUUGGUGUUUGGUUUCGUUAGGCACCGUUGAUAUUAUUCAAAAAACAAGACCCUUUUUUUUACUAACCGUGGUGCUGUAAUAUUGAAUGUUAUAAAGUCUCUACUUUAACUGUGAUAGAUAAUAAGUUAUUCGUUGUUUUUGUUUAGAUCUUUAGUAUCGGACAUUUUAAUUUAAUGGUACACGCAUAUUAUUAACUAGUACACGAUGUUGUUUGUGCUAUACACUCGGUGCAAUUCGUAAUACGUAUAACAUGUAGUCAAUUUGAUAACAUAACUCAGGAAUCGACUCAAUUUAAAUUCUUAAAUCAAUUGCGUACGUUUGCUUCUGCUCACACUUCAAUUUGUGUUACCUCUCUGUAUGAAUUUCGAAUUUAUAAUUCGAGAAGUUGAAGAGAAAAAAACGUUGCUUAGGCAAUCGGUUAUUUGAAGGAAUUUUAAUUUGGCCGGAUUAUGUGAAUAUAUUAAAAAAUUUACAAAAUAUUUGGCCUCUUCUGAAGUUGCUAAUUUUUUUUUAAACGUAACUGGUAAUUGGAAAUUAAAAAUUCAAUUGGCAAUAAAAAAUAGCUGGUUUAUCGAUUUAAAACGUUUUCUGUUUACUGAUUUGUUAAACGGAUUAUUAAUUAUGUAAACAAAAAUUUUAUUGUUAAAUAAUUUUGUUAUUAUAUUUACCAAUCAAUGACGUUAUUGGGAUAUUGUAUAUUUUGUAUGUAGAUUUAACAUUCUAGUUUAAUGUAUUUUUUUUAAUAGCAAAUAAACUAUUCGAUUUAUUCACAUCGUGAUUUUUGCGUUUUAUUUUAAUAAAUUUUAGUCCACUCGCUUGCAUUUCUAUGUUACAAGUGUUUGAUGAGAAAGAUAAUUUAGUAUAUAAAUAGUAAUCUGGCCUAAAAUUCAAAUUUUCCUGUUCAAUUUACGAAUUAUGUAAG